CUUCCGGGGCGUGACUUCGCUACCCCUGCAGCGGAGUAAUUGUUUCGUUUGUGUUUAAAUAUCCUUCAUUCAAGCAUCUCCAGAGCGACUUCAAGCAGCAGCAAUGGACAAGAUAAGGGCGCAGUUUCAGAGGAUGAUGAACGGCGAGAGGUACAGCAGGUUCACGCUGCAGCCGUCGGAGAACGGCGAGAGGCACGCCGAGGUCAACCUGUCCGACUACGCUGCAGAUGGCGACACGGCGGCGGAGGCGCCCGGGUCGCCGAGCUUCAGGCCGGCGCCGCUGCAUCACAGCAGUCGGACCGUGGCGUUCAUAAUCCUGGGAACCCUGAUGGUGUUUCUUGGCGGCUACCUGGUUGGUUUCAUCAGUCAUCAUAAACCUAAGGUUGAGUCUGACUGCGGACCGAGUUCGACGGAUAAAAUCGGCGGGAUGGAUCCAGGAAAACCUUCGCCGACUCUGUCCUGGAAGGACGUCUCUCAACUCCUAACGAGCAAACUCAGCAGCGAAGCUUUCAAAAAGACUCUAAAGGAUUUUGAUCUGAAGAGCCGCUCGGCAGGAAGUGAGGAAGACAUGAGUCUGGCGAACAGAAUCUUCGAUACGUUCAAGACAUUGGGGAUGACGCCGUGGACAGACAUCCAUUACGUUCAGCUGCAGACGCCCGACACCCAGAACCCAAACACUGUUCACUUUGGUUCGGACAUCAUCAAGCCUGUGGGAUAUUUGGCCUACAGCAAACCAGGCAAAGUUGAGGGCCGGCUGGUGUACGGGAACUACGGCCGUCAGAAGGAUCUGGACUUUGUUCAGGGGAAAGUUGACCUGAAAGGUGCCGUCCUGCUGCUGCGAGCCGGAAAAAUCCCUUUUGCACAACAGGUGGACAACGGCGCCAAGAUGGGAGCCCAUGCUGUUCUGAUCUACCUUGAUACUGCAGAUUACAAACUGGCCACAGACACUGAACUCUACGGACAUGUCCAUCUUGGUUCUGGGGACCCAUACACCCCUGGAUUCCCAUCCUUCAACCAUACCCUGUUUGCCCCAAUGGAGUCAGCUGGCCUCCCAGAAAUCCCGGCCCAGACCAUCACUGCCAGCUCGGCUGCAAUUCUUCUAAAGGAAAUUGGAGGCCCUGAAGUAGAUACAAACAGUGACUUCAAAGGUGAGCUAAAGUCUGUGGUUUACAAGCUGGGUGGCAGCCAGAACAUCACUGUGGAGGUGAACAACGUGUUGGUCAAUAAGGAGAUCCACAAUGUGUUCGGCGUGAUCAAAGGAUUUACUGAUCCUGAUCGUUAUGUUGUGCUGGGAGCUCAGAGGGACGCCUGGGGGAGAGGUUACACCAAGGCCACUGUUGGCACCUCGGUGCUGAUCGAACUGGCCAAGGCCUUCCAAGAGAUGGUGAAAAAAGAUGAUUUUAGGCCGAGAAGAAGCAUAAUAUUUGCAAGCUGGAGCGCUGGAGAGUUUGGAAGUGUAGGCGCCACCGAGUGGCUGGAGGGUUACAUGUCCUCUCUUGACCGAAGUGUCUUUACAUACAUCAACCUGGAUGGAGUAGUCAUGGGUCAAGAAAGGUUCAUCGCCUCUGCAAGUCCGCUGCUGUACAGCCUCAUUGAGAGCACGAUGAAGGAGGUGAACAUGCCUAGAAAAUCUGUCUCAAUUUACCAGGCGAUGGGAGGAAAUAACUGGGAGUCCAGAGUACUGAGGACAAUGUCGAUGGAAGAUCCUGCUUAUCCUUUCCUGGCUUUUGCUGGAAUUCCCUCCAUGUGUUUCCACUUCAUCCAAUCAAAUUCCGAGUCGUACCCUUACUAUGGCACCAGCCUGGACAACAUGGACCACCUGAACUACCGAACGAGCCAACGCACCAGCAACGUCACGGCCACGGCGGCGCAGUUUGCUGGCCUGAUGACGCUGCGUCUGGUCCAUGACCACCUGCUGGGUCUGGAUGUGAGCAGAUACUACGGCCCCAUCACCAAAGCUGUGGUCCAGGUCUACAAACGGGUCAACCAGCUCACUCAGUCCGGUCAGCUGAAGGACGUCAGUCCCAACUGGCUGAAUCGCGCCCGCGGCUCAUACAGGCGAGCGGCCGACGCCAUUGCCGGCGCCAUCGCCAACACGGACUUGACGGAUGAGGAAUCCUGUCGAAUCCUGAACGACAGGAUCAUGAAGGUUGAGCACUCCCUCCUGUCUCCGUACGUCUCCGUCGUUGAGGCCCCGUUCCGCCACCUGCUGCUGGGCCGCGGCCCACACACCUUGGCGGCCAUCGCUGAAGCCCAGGAUCUGGAGAAGCUCCGCCUCCAUCUGGCUCUGGCCACCUGGAACCUGCAGGGAUGCGCCAACGCCAUGGCCGCCAACGUCUGGGACAUUGACGACGACAUCUGAAGCAGGAAACAGGAAAUCUGUGUGUGAGCGUGUGUGAAGCUGCUUGAAGGUUAAUUAUAGUGCUCCAACAUUUAAAUACCUGAAGCACAAGCGAGUCACAAAAUCUAGAAGAAAAACCAACUGUGAACCUUAAACAAAUCACCUCCUCAAAGCACUGAAACUUUAUUUAUACUUUUAGUUCUUGUUUGAUAUUUAUCAGUGGCAGUGCCCACUAUAUUUAUUGUUUGUCUUUUUAUACAGCAUUAUCGGAAGCAGUGCCUUCCAUAAUUAUGACGGUUAUACU